AUGUCGGCCAGGAACCGACAGGAGUAUGACCACCUGAUCAAGCUGCUGCUCAUUGGCGACAGUGGCGUGGGCAAGAGCUGCCUGCUGCUGCGCUUUUCGGAUGACACCUUCACGACCAGCUUCAUCACCACCAUCGGGAUCGACUUCAAAAUCAAGAGCAUCCACCUGGACAACAAGUGGGUGAAGUUGCAGGUCUGGGACACCGCGGGCCAGGAGCGCUUUCGGACGAUCACGAGCGCCUAUUAUCGGGGCGCAAUGGGAAUCCUCCUGGUGUAUGACGUCACCGACGAGGGGUCGUUCAAGAAUGUGAGGAACUGGAUGCAGAACAUUGAGCAGCACGCAUCGGAGAAGGUCAACAAGAUAUUGGUUGGCAACAAGAGUGACAUGGGGAAGGACCGGCGAACGGUGUCAUAUGGGGCUGGAGAGCAGUUGGCCAGAGAAUACGGGAUUCCUUUCUUUGAGACCAGUGCAAAAACUGGCAGCAACGUGGAGGAGGUGUUCCAUUGCAUAUCGAGAAACGUGCUUCAGCGGCUGAAACAGGAGGAGGAAAUGGGUGCUGCAACGCCCCCGCCACUGCCCAACUUCAAGAUUGGACAUCAGCGAGAGUCGUUCAAGGCAAAGAAGCAUUCUUCGUGUUGCUAA